ACUGAGUCGCCAUUUUUGAUCUUCUAACGGUGCAAAUAUGGAAGUCGAUCAAGCGUCGGGUGUUUUGCACUCGAUUUUAACACCCGAAGAGAUAGAGGCGAUCGGGGAAGCAUCGAUAAAGAAGAUCGAAGAUGCGUGUGAAAAGAAAUUCGAAGAAUUCCUCAUGGCUAAAGCGCUAUGUGAAACAAGAAAGACUGAGUUCGAAAUCAUGAAAACCGAUUAUGAGCGAAAAAUUGAAGAGUUGACUCUGCGGGCGGAAGAUGAAUCGGCCAAAUAUCAUUCCUCUCAGUUGAGUGUGAAAGAGAUGCGCAUCGAGCUUGAAGAUGUGAAACAGGAGCUUAUAAAGGCGAAGGAAAAACUCUCGCUAAACGAAGUUGAAAAUGAUCGUUUCCGGAAAGAGCGUAACCAGGCACUUGUCGAACGAGACACGAUGGACAGUGCACUAAAGCGCAAAGAGCUCGAAGUGGAACGACUACACUACGAUGUGCUCGAGCUGGAGAAGAAAAUAAAAUCUGCCAAUGCGGCUAAAUGCGAAGCAUUGACCAAAUUGGAGGAGAUAGUUAGCAAAGAGCACAGUCUUGAGUUUAAGGAGAAGCGCAUGGAUCAAGAGCUGUCAAUGCGCGACAAUCAAAUCGCCAGGCUGACGCAGGACCUAGAUCAGACGCUGCGCGAACUACAAUCGAUUCGUCGCGAUCAAAACAUCAAGUCACUCACGAUGGAAGCGAAGGUAGCUGAGAAAAAUGAAGAGCUGAAAAUUGCGAACCAAACGUACUCCUUCCUGUCGGAGCAAAAUGUGGAGCUUUCGGCAAAGGUAGAGGAUUUGGCCACAAAAAAUUUGAAGCUUAGCAACGAAAUGUCCGCUAUGAUGGAGCAUUACCGCAAGGAGCGGGAUUCGCAGAACAGGCUGUGCGAGCUGUUGCAGCAGGACAAGCACGAUCACAUGCAGCAAACGAAGGAACUUGAAACCGCCAUCACUGCCCUCCGACAAAUGCUAAACGAGGCAACCGAAUCCUGCGGAGUGCUAGAAACAGAGAAGAAGCAGCUCGAGCUGAAGCACGCCGACGAGCUAGCGAACCGUGAUAAGACCAUCGGGGAUCUGCGCGAUGAGCUGAAACAUGCGAACGAACUGCUAGCAGACGCCCGGGAAGAAAAUGUCGAACAUGCGGUCGAAAGGCUCGCCCCGUCGGCAGCUGGUACGAGCCGCUUACUCAAGAGCGGUAUGUCCGUAACGGAAGUGUACUCACUGUAUGUGCGCACCUUGAGGACGUUGCAGCAAGAGCAGAAAGAGCACGAAAAGUUGAAGCUGCAGACGCAGAAUAUUUUGCAAGAGUUGGAGCAAAACGCACCGCAAAUUUUGCGCCAACAAACCGAAAAUCAAAACCUGAAGGAAGCGAACGAACAGAUCACAAUGCAGUUAAAUAGUAUGAUUACCGAAACUAGUGAGUUGCAAGCGGAGAUUUCGGCCCUACGGAACAAGUUGCGCGUAAUUGAGAGAGAGAACACAAAUUUACGACAGCAAAAAGUCGAUCUCAGCCGACAGGUGUGCCAUCUGUUGAUGGAGGUUGAAAACAUACAACGUGGUGUAGUUUCGCAGGACGCAGAUCAAUCAACUACCACCGAUACCACCAACUCCACCGAGGUCAUCUCCAAGAAGAUGGUCACGUAUAGCAACAUCCAGGAGCUGCAGAACAAUAAUGUGCGAUUGUUGCUAGUCGUGCGAGAUUUCACCGACAAGUUGGAAGAACUGGAACGUAUUCAAAAUUCCAUGAAUUCAGCAACGUACGAGGCAAAGCUGGAUGCGUGCUACAAUCGGAUCCAUGAGCUAAUGGACACGGUGGAUCAAAAUCGACAUCUGCUGGAACAUUGCAGCCAGCAAAGAGAUCGAUACAUUAAAAUGUACCACGAUGCGAUGCGCAGUUACAAUCCUGAUUACACGUCGGCCAGCAUGAAUGGAGGCAACAACAUGCAGAGCGAUGAGCUGAUGGACGGAUUGGACGGUGCGCCACUGGCCAAUAGCAGUACGGCAAACGAAGCGAACGGCAAUGCUAGUGGUUUAGCAGCAGUAGUGGCCGAAAAGGAUCGUAAGCUUGCUGAGCUGGAAAGCAAACAGCAGGUCUUGCAACACGAGCUGAGUACUAUAAAGCAGGAGUAUGAGGCGUACCGGGCCGAGAAACUGUCUUACGACAAACAAAUUAACGAGCAGAUGGACAAAAUGCGCACCGAAAUUCGCGAACUAUCUUCCAGCAACGUGAAGCUGGCAGGCACGAACGAGUUUAACGCGGAGCAAAACCGUCUCAUCUCGAAGAACAUCACCACCUACAAAAGCCAAAUAACGGCGCUUGAAGAACGAAACCGUAAUUACGAAGGUACGAUAGUGAAGCAUGAAGCCUCCAUCAUGUACCUGAAGGAGGAGGCGAUGAGUGCCCAAAGCAAACUGGCCCGUGCCGAGGUACAGUUGGAAAACUUGAAAGAGGAAUGUCGCAUCCUAAAGGAUAGCGAAACGAGACUGCGUACGGAGCGGGAAAUUUUGAACCGUGAGCGCUGCAACCAAAAUCUGUUGCUUAACAAUCUCGAAAUGAUUAAGGUAAGCAUGGAGCGCUCGGAAAACGAGGGUCGGCUGCGCUUGGAGACCCGUCUCGACGAAACAUCCCGCGAAUGUUCGGCCUUGCGACGACGGUUACAGGAGGAGCAAGAUCUCUACCGCGAGCAGAUGGCCUGCCUGCAGCGGCAGCUGGAAACGGCUCAAAAGCGAAUGGAGGAAGAAAUCGCCAUCGCCGAGGGACAUCAGGCCGAGCUGCGCGAUACGCGCAACGAGCUGGAAAUUAAGACGCGCAAGAUUGACGAUCUUCAGCGCAAGCUACAGGAAUCGUUGUCUCCGAACGACGAGGACAAUCCGGUAACGCAAGCGAAGCGCAAGAUUCGUGAGCUGGAAAACAGUCUGGCCGAAAGUGGGAUUGAGAUUAAUUCGCUCCAAACGCAGCUGGCAACGGCACAGGAGCAUGUAAAAAAGUAUGCCGAACUUUCCGAUUCAACGGUAAAGGAGCUAAGAGAUGUGACAGAACUGAGCAAUAAGCAGAAGGAAGCGAGUGACAAGGAGCUGGCGGAGUUGCGAAAGUGCGAAGCGGAUCUGCGCACCCAGAUUGAUGAGCUGAAGACGGAACUGUCGUUGAAAAUUACCGGUGAGAAGCUAACCACCGGCGAUAAGGAUUCGGAGCUGCACAAGGUACAGCUGGAGCUGAAAGCAACUCUGGAGAAGGUGGCCGAUCAAGCCCGCGAAAUGCGCGAGACCCGUGAAAAUUGCAAUGCUUUGGCAGAAAAGUUGCACGAAGCGGAGCACAAGUACGCGCGCGAAAUGAUGGAACAUUCCAGCGACAUUCAACAGUUGGCACAGCUGAAAGAGGACAUGCAGCGUACGCAGGCCCAGUUUGAAGAGUUGCAAAAGCAGCGCGAUCAAGCGCAAGAGCAUCUGAAGACAGGCGAAGACUGUUGGAACUCGCGAGAGCAAAAGCUUCGCACUGAAGUGUCCCAGCUGGAGGAACAGCUUAAUAAUCUGAAUUCGCAGAACGCAGCGUUGCACGAUCAGAUACAAAAUCUCGGUACACGCCUUUCUAUAAGUGCAGCAGCACAGAACCAAACGCUUACCGAGACGGACACUACGAACGUGGAUAAUUCGAUGAUUGGAGAAGAUUCUUCCAUUCUGAAUCGUUCGUUCAACGAUGAGGAUAAGCACUCCGUCGAACAGUUGCUGCAGAUCAUUAAGUAUCUACGCAAGGAGAAAGACAUUGCAGUGGCACGAACGGACAUGUUACGCUCGGAAAAUGUGCGCAUACAAUCGGAACUGAUGAUUUUGGAGAAGAAGUUCGAGGAAGUGCAGGCCGAGCUGAAGGAGAUGCGCGAGAAAACCGACACGGUCACAGUCACUGCGGCCAAGCAUGAGGAAAUCUUGCGCAAACUUGAUACGUACAACGCGAUCGUGGAUAGUAAUCGGGUGCUGCGGGAGGAGCGUGACGGUCUCAAUCAGAAAGUGCGAGAGCUGUCCCAGCGUUUGCUUGAUGCGGAAGAUAAGCUGUUCCCACUGGAGGAGAAGGUGCAAGAACUGACGGUCAAAUUGGAAUCUUCCACCAACGAAAACACGACCCUGCGGAUGGAUGUUGCCCGCCAACGGCAACGUAUGACAUCGUUGGUGGAACGCUCGUCGAAAAUCAAUUCGGACGACUGGAAACGUAUGCAGACGGAGCGUGAAAAUCUCGCCAAAAUGCUCGUGGCCGAAAAGGAAUUGUUGAAGCACGCAAACGAAGAACUGAACACGCACAAGGUUGAGAGGACCCGGCUCGAGGGUGAGCUAAGCUCGGUUAACAAGCAGUUGCAGGCUUGCAAUGCGCAGGUGAAAAAAUUAACCGAAGACCUGGAGGCAACGGCCACCCAAACGGUAGAGUUCGAAACACUCAAAACGAAGCUUAAAACGACCGAAGAACAGCUAGCGGAGGUGCGCAUCAAGGAGAGUCAGAUCCGUAAGAUUGCUAAACGCUACAAAGAUUCCUUCACUGAGCUGAAGCGUCAAACGGAUGAACGGGAAGGUGAUGCUGCCGGAAGUGCUAAUGUUUCGCGAGUGCUUGAUUCAUCCGGUACUGGAGCAACUGUUGGUGGUGCUGCUUCUAGCGGAAACGAGGAAAAUGCGGUAGACAUGGAAGACAUGAGGAAACAGGUAGAAACGGCGGCCGAAGAGAUUGAUACACUGAAGAAAGAGAACGAACUAUUGCGGGCACAGCUAGAAAAGGCAGAACGUAGCAUGGAUGUGAUGAAGGAUGCGAAAACGCGCAUUAUCGCGCUGACAGAGCAAAAGAACAAUGCAACCCGAGAGUUGAGUGCAGUGAAGGGUCAACUGCAACAGCAGCUGGAUCAGAUGCGGGAGGAAACGGACUUGCUGAAGGCACAGUACGAAGGUCGUGUGACACGCUGCGAGAAGGAGAGUGCCGAUGCGGACCGUGAAAGCAAGGAUACCAUCAACCGGUUGACGCGUGAAAACGAGCAGUUAACGAUUCGAUUGAACCAGUUGAAUCGGCAACUAGGAUUACAACAGGCGGUGGCUAAACCGACGACGAGCGCUGUCGGUGCCGUAGGAGUUUCGGAGAAACCGGCCGGCGAAAGUCCCCGCACAGCGAACGUUAAACCGAUGGCCGGACCAAGCCAACAGCAGUCGGCUACGGUGACACCGCGACGGGUAAGCGAAACACCACUUGCCAGCAUCAGACCGAUGGCUGUAGGAAGUCGUACCGCAGCCGUACUGCCAACAAGCCAAACCAGCAGCACGAACGUUGCAAUUGUGCAAGGCUCUUCGGCGGCAUCAUCUGCAUCGUCUGUCUCGACAUCUCCGGCGCCCGGUGUCGGAGGAGUGUCGGCAGGAACGUCAGCGAGCAACAUUGCCGCAAGUACUGCAUCCUCUGCCGGUGGAAGUAGCUCAGCAGGAGCAGGCAGUGCUGGUAGCAGCGGAUCAACCAGUAGUGUUUCCGGUACACCGUCAACCAGUGGACUCACAACGGCUCUCGUGCCUCCGCAGCAGCAACAGGUGCACAGUGUGACUGCUACUAGCAGCAGUUCUGGCGUAUCCAAUGCGCUCGGUUUGAAUGAAUCGAUAACGGCCUCCUCGUCACCGACAAGCUCACACACCGAUUACAUGCCUGCCACUAGCUCGGCCAGUGUCGCUGUUGCAGCGGUACCGCCGAUGGGCACAGCUUCAACCUCCACAGCCGAAAGUUCUUCUUCAUCAUCGUCCAGCACGUCACCGCAUACCGAAGGAGAGAGUUCCGCACAAAUGGGUGCCAGCAGCGAUCAAACACAGCAACAACAGCAACAGGUGCAGCAGGCCGCCGUAGCAAUGGUAAUGCCUCACGUGGAAGGAGGCGUCGCACAGCAACAGUCCCAACAGCAACCACAAGCACUUCUUUCGCAGCAACAGCAACAAUCGACCGUACAGAUGCAACCGUUGCAACAGCAGCAACAAUCGACUCCUCAAGCUUCUUCCAGCAACACAGUUACUACUACGCAAGCUGGCCAUAAGCGUCCGCGUGAUGUAGAAGGCGACAGUUCCACGGAUAAUGCUGGACAACAGUUGGCCAUUAAGCCAACACCGGCAAAGAAACGUGUCCGUAUGGUGCAAGUAACAGUGGAUGGUUUUCAGGGUGUGACUGAAUCCGGGUUGGAUGUUGAGUAUCAAGUGCCAACAUCGUCCCAGCGUGACCAAGAGGACGAUAUCAUUGUGGUUGAUUCCGAGGAGGAGGAUGAAGACGACGAUGAAGACGAGGACGAGGAGGAGGAGGACGUUGGUAUGGCCGAUGAAGGUACGGCAGAGGCGGACGAUGGUCCGUUCGGUGAGUACGAAACGGAGGAAUUGGGUGUUGCUGGCGGUAUCGGUGCCUACGACGAAGGUGAAGGUCCAGACAUUGACGAGGACAAUAACAUCCAGUCCGCAAAUAAUGAGGUCGAUGUGGAUGAAGACAAUGAGAUACCGAAUCCUUGUGGUACGACCUCCACCACGUCCACAUCCACAUCGUCUACCUCGUCGUCCACACUGUCGUCCACAAAGCAGAUGGCAAGUGGUCCGCACGCGACACCCAUGGACACUACGGAAGAUGUGGAUACAAGUAGCACCAGCAGCACAACAACCGUGCCGACAGCAGGCGGUAGCUCAGUUGCCGUUCCCGGUCCAUCUACAUCGAUGCAGUCGUCGACAUCGUCCUCGUCAAUGACAUCAUCGUCCGUCGUAGAGAGUGGUGCGAGUACAAGCUCAAACGUAGGUGGCAAUACAUCGAACGAUGCCCAACAACUGCCCCAGAUUCAAAGCACUACUGGCACUAGUCACAAUGAGGCUUCCACCGGUCAACAAUCGACUUCCUCGUCUUCCACCUCCUCCUCCUCGAUAGCACUAUCAUCAACGGCUGCUUCAUCCUCGGGAACGGGGACUGCAUCCGGUCAAAUGCAAGGAGGUGCAACAGCUACCGGUAGUGGUGUAUCCGCCACACGACAAAUAGUGAAUCCACUGAGCCGUCAGCAACAACAGGCAUCACACCUGAUACUGAUGCAACAGAACUAUGAGCAUCAUGAAAGUGCUGAUGAUCGAAUCGUGCCGAGCACACCGACACUGUACGCUCCUCGUCGGACAGAUGGUUUCAGCGUAGGUUCGCCACAUCCCCAGGUGCCCAACGCUCGAUUCACAUUCAGCGAAACCUCCACCAGCCGCCAAUCGGUCGGUGUGGUGCCAACAAGUGGUGGGGCAGCUGGCAGUGUCAGUCUGCCCGAAGGAAUUGAUGACACUAGGAUUGAUCUUUCCCAGCUGGAUGAAACGGCGGCCGGUGGUGGUGGUGGUGGUGGCGGCAGCAGCGGUGGUGGACGAAGCGUUCCAACAACACCCCAACACACUACACAUUCCGAACAUAUCUCAAUGGGAGGAAUGGCCGUCGCUGGUCCAUCCAACGCUGGACUCAGCAAUAUCGAGCGUUCGUCUUCCGGUGGAGGCGAAAGCCAAGUGCCCGAUAUUCUCGUUUCAGGAGCUAGCAUUGGAGAUGGCUAUAUCCCGGAAUCGACCACCAGCACCAUCGAUCCUCUACAUCCAACAUAUUCCUCGGAAGCGUUGGCUUCAACUGCUGACGCCACCGGUUCGGAAGCACUCGAUCGCAGUGAACGGGAAUUGCUCGAAGAGGACGACGACGAUCUUGUCGACGACGGUGUGGCGGUAGGAGAUAGCGCAACGCUAGAGGCUGAAACGAACGACGUAGAUGAGGACACAAGAACAGCCGUUUCUGAGACCACAACGGCAGCCCCAACUACAUCAGGCAAUGUAGAAACCGCAACGCGAACAGUUCAAAAGGCUGCCGGAUCCGCCAGCGAUAGUGCAGGGGCGUCGGGUUCCCGCAGCAACAACGAAGCCGAUACAGGAACCGGAGACGAUAGAAUCAGUUCCGAGGGUGAAGCGCUGACAACCACUUCUAGGCCUAUGGAGGAGGGCAGUGAGGCGGAAGUGCUGGAAGCUCCUAGCAGUAAUACGCGUUCGCGUACCUCUAGCGCACAGCGUGUUUCAACGAAUGUUGGUGGACGUCAUGGCCGACGCUACAGUCAUCGCGGUGCCAACCGAACCCCAAUAACUUGGAAUGAAGGAAGAGCUGCUUCCCUCAACCGUUCCGGCUCAAAAAAUCAAGGAUCUCAACAUUACCAGCCACCACACAUGCAGCAGCAACAGCAACAACAGCAGCAGCAACAUCAACCAUCGCGACGCGCAAAUUCACGAUCCCGUGGAAGACGUAUGAACCCGUAUCGUUAUCAAUAAGAGCUA